GCCGUAUUCAGUUCUCCCUUUUCUCCCUCUCUCGCUGCUUUCUUUCUCCUUCGUACAGCUCGCUCGUUCUCUUUCUCUGUCUGUCUGUCUCUCUCUCAGAAUAUGGAAGCAGAGGUGGUGGAAGCAGAGAUAGUGUUGCCGAACCACUUGAGCUAUAAGAAGAUUCAGAUGUAUGACAAGUACCCAAAGGGCCAAGCCAGAGGCAGGUACUGGAAACAUCUCAAGCAGAUCAUCCAAGCCGAAAAUUACCACAACUACCCCCCUGAAGAACCCAACUAUGUUAAUAUUGAGACACCACCCUCUAUGCAUCCAUGCAAAAGAAUUUGUGAUAUAACAGGAUAUGAGGCACCUUACUUUGAUCCAAGGACCAAUAUGCGUUUCGCGAAUGCUGAUGUCUUCAAGCUGAUAAGAUCACUUCCGAAUGAGUAUGUUCAGAGGUACCUGGCUCUGAGAAAUGCAGCAAUUGUUCUAAAGUAG